CCUUCCCAGCCAGAGGAGGGUCCCUGCGCGAUUCCCCCUUUCCUGCCCCGCAGCAGGCGGAGCCCGCACCUCGGCAGGAAGUAGGGGCUGAGCUGAGGCCAAGCUGAGUCGGAGGCCGAGUCCCCGCGGCUGCCCUGUCAUUAGCGCGGGGCCAGCGGGACUGAGAGUAACCAGGCCAGAGCCCACUGGGGCAUCUGUACCUGGUGACCAGGAAGGACCAGCUCCAGCCCUAGAACCUGGGCUUGGGGAGGGGACUUCAGGGACGUGACCUGUGCUGGACACCCUCUCCCUCACCUCCAGGGAGCCCCGCACGGACUCAUUCCAUGAUGUCCCUGUCAGUGCGGCCACAGCGCCGCCUGCUCAGCGCCCGGGUCAGUAGGAGCCAGUCUUUCGCAGGUGUCCUCGGCAGCCACAAGCGAGGGCCCAGGAGCUUCCCAGUCUUCAGCCCACCGCCACCAGGGCCCCCACGGAAGGCCCCAGGGCUUUCCCGGGUAUCCAGGAUGUUUGCUGUGGCCCAUCCAGCCCCGAAGGUGCCGCAGCCAGAGCGGCUGGACCUGGUGUACACUGCCCUUAAGCAGGGCCUGACGGCCUACUUGGAAGUGCACCAGCAGGAGCAAGAGAAGCUCCAGGGGCAGAUAAAGGAAUCCAAGAGGAAUUCCAGGCUGGGCUUCCUGUAUGACUUGGACAAGCAAGUCAAGUCCAUUGAACGCUUCCUGCGAAGACUGGAAUUCCAUGCCAGCAAGAUCGAUGAGCUGUAUGAAGCAUACUGUGUCCAGCGGCGACUACGAGAUGGCGCCUACAACAUGAUCCGUGCCUACAGUACAGGGUCUCAAGGGAGCCGAGAGGCCCGGGACAGCUUGGCUGAGGCCACUCGGAGUCAUCGAGAGUACACAGAGAGCAUGUGUCUGCUGGAGAGCGAGCUGGAGGCACAGCUGGGCGAGUUUCAUGUUCGGAUGAAAGGGCUGGCUGGCUUCGCCAGGCUGUGUGUGGGUGAUCAGUAUGAGAUCUGCAUGAAAUAUGGCCGUCAGCGCUGGAAACUACGGGGCCGCAUUGAGGGUAGUGGGAAGCAAGUGUGGGACAGCGAAGAAACUGUCUUUCUUCCUCUGAUCAUGGAAUUCUUGUCCAUCAAGGUGACAGAACUGAAGGGUCUGGCCAACCAUGUAGUUGUGGGCAGUGUCUCCUGUGAGACCAAGGACUUGUUCACCGCCCUACCCCAGGUUGUGGCUGUGGAUAUCAAUGACCUUGGCACCAUCAAGCUUAGCCUGGAAGUUACAUGGAGCCCCUUUGACAAAGAUGACCAGCCCUCAGCCACUUCUACUGUCAACAAAGCCUCCACCGUCACUAAACGUUUCUCCACCUACAGCCAGAGCCCACCAGACACACCUUCACUUCGGGAGCAAGCCUUCUAUAACAUGCUAAGACGGCAGGAAGAGCUGGAGAAUGGGACGGCAUGGUCCCUGUCAUCCGAAUCUUCAGAUGAUUCAUCCAGCCCACAGCUCUCAGGGUCUGCCAGACAUUCAUCAAUCCCCAGGCCCCUAGUGCAGCAGCCCGAGCCCCUGCCUAUCCAGGUUGCCUUCUGUAGGACUGAGACUCCCACCUCUGAGCCUGUGAAUGAACAGGGAGCCACAGCCCCACCCCUGGCCAAUGGGCAUGCUCCCUACAGCCGGACUCUGAGCCACAUCAGUGAGGCUAGUGUGGAUGCUGCCCUGGCUGAGGCUUCAGUGGAGGCUAUGGGCUCAGAAAGCCUAGCCCAGGGUCAUAGACCACCUACAUAUCCAGAUCCCACCCAUGGGGAGCAUACUAGUCAUGUUCCCCUUACCCUAGACAAGGGCCAUUCUGCCACAGACCCCACCCUCAGUGUAUCCAGUCCUGCCCUCACACAUACAGAUCCUACACCAUCUGCAUAUCUGGAUUUAGUUCAUAAGGCCAUAGAUUCUGGCCCUUCUCAGCCACUAGGCCCCACCCACACUACCACAAACUCUACCUGUCGUGCCAUAAGCCCUGUCAACAGUGCUCCAAACCCCACUUGCACUACUACAGGUUAUACCCAUAAGCCCCUGGACUCCACCUUCACCACUACAGGCCCUCUCCCCAGUAGUACAGGCCCAGCCAAGACCACCACUAUCUCUACUCAUACUACUUCAAGCCCCAUUCAUACCACUAUAAGUUCCACUCAUACUACCCCAAGUGCCAACCACACUAUUGCAAGCCCCACCCCCCCUACUACCCCGAGCCCCAUGCCCACCCUCCCUAACCCAAGCCCUACCCACACCGUCCCAAGUCCCAUCCACACUACUCCAAGCCCUACACAAAACACAAGUUCCACCCAUACUACUUCAAGUCCCACUCCUGCAACCACAAGCCUCACCUACAAAGCCAAGAUAUCAACUCACACCACUACAAGGCCUACCCUCAAUGCUAUGGGCCCAGUCCAGACCACUACAAGCUCCACCCUUACAAAUGUAAGCCUUUUCUCUUCUCAAGACCAUGCUAUACACCCUAACCCCUCUACAGGCCCCAUCCUCCUAGGCACAGACCCCUUACCCUGUAGCCAUGCAGCCUCCACUCCCUAUUCUCAGGCAGACCCCAUAACCCCCAGCACAUUGUACCCAUGUCCUGUCCCAGAUCCCCAAGAGCCUAUUCAGAGCCUAAGCCCUCCUCCCUCACCCUUAGUCCCUGAACCCCAGCAUUCAAAACCUAGCCUGGCUGCUCAAGUUCCAGUCACAGGGGCAGCUGGAGGGGCUGGGGACAAGAGGCUGGAGGAUGCCCUGGGGGCCUUAAUGGCUGCCCUGGAUGACUACCGGGGCCAGUUCCCUGAGCUGCAAGGCCUGGAGCAGGAGGUGACUCGGCUGGAGAGCCUGCUUAUGCAGAGACAAGGCCUGACUCGCAGCCGGGCCUCCAGUCUCAGCAUUACUGUGGAGCAUGCCCUGGAGAGCUUCAGCUUCCUCAAUGAAGACGAAGAUGUAGACCAUGAUGGUCCUGGAGAAAGGCCCCCAAGCAGCUUGGAGGAUGGGGCUGAGGACAGCAUAGACUUGCUCAAUGCCCACCCCCUCAGCACGGGGUGUCUAGCUCUGGAUGCUGCCUUGGUCCAGCACCUGUACCACUGCAGUCGUCUCCUGCUGAAACUGGGCACAUUUGGGCCCUUGCGCUGUCAGGAGGCAUGGGCCCUGGAACGGCUACUGCGGGAAGCCCGAGUGUUUGAAGCAGUGUGUGAGCUCAGCAGGGUAUGGGAGAUCCCUCCCACUUCUGCCCAGGAAGUGGUGCAGUUCUCAGCCUCUCGGCCUGGCUUCCUGAUCUUCUGGGACAAAUGCACAGAGGGACUCAGCCCAUUCAUCUGUCCUGUGGAGCAGGUGCUCCUCACUUUCUGCAGCCAGUAUGAUGCCCGUCUCUCCAUGCGCCAGCCAGACUUAGCUGAGGCUGUUUGUGUGAAAUUCUUGGAGGAUGCCCUAGGGCAGAAGCUGCCCAGGAGGCCCCAGCCAGGUCCUGGGGAGCAGCUCACCGUCUUUCAGUUUUGGAGUUACGUGGAAGCCUUGGACAGCACCUCCAUGGAGACCUAUGUGACUGAGACUGCUGAGGAGGUGUUACUGGUACGGAAUCUGAACUCUGAUGACCAGGCUGUUGUGCUGAAGGCCCUGAGGUUGGCACCUGAGGGACGGCUGAGAAGGGAUGGACUUCGGGCCCUGAGCUCCCUACUUGUCCAUGGCAACAACAAGGUCAUGGCUGCUGUCAGCACCCAGCUCCGGAGCCUGUCACUGGGCCCUACCUUCCGGGAGAGGGCCCUCCUGUGCUUCCUGGACCAGCUCGAGGAUGAGGAUGUACAUACUCGAGUGGCUGGCUGCCUGGCCCUGGGCUGCAUCAAGGCCCCUGAAGGCAUUGAGCCCCUGGUGUACUUGUGCCAAACAGACACAGAAGCUGUGAGGGAAGCUGCUCGGCAGAGCCUGCAGCAGUGUGGUAAAGCUGGGGUGUGGGAGAUUCAGGAGAAGAAGGACAGUCUGCCCAUCGACGGCUGGAGGAGUCACUGGAUGCCCUACCCCGCAUCUUUGGGCCUGGCAGCAUGGCCAGCACAGCAUUCUAAACUGUUCAUCUGCUGGCUCCCAGGGCUCUUCCCCCCUCUUUCAGGGCUCACCAGGCACUGGCAGGGAGGGUAGGGGCUGGCUCCAAAUACCCCUCCCCACAGAUUUCUAUCAAUGAAAAUCUAAUAUAUUCUGUUGCCCCUGGGCUUGGUAGUCAGUGCCUGCAGUCAAGUGCCUCCCAGGUUCGGCUCAGCACAUCCCUUCACACAGACAGUGUCCGGGGCCUGGCCACCUUGCCUCUGCCUCGCCACAUCCCCUGGUUUUGUAUUUUAUUUACAGAGUUUUACAGAAAAUAAAACCAAAAUGCCUUUCCUACCUGGCCU